ACAUUACCAGUACAGUUUUCAACGAAGUUUCGAGAACACUUAUUACUAGAAAUUCACAGAAAGGUAAGAAGGACGGGAUAUUUCCCCAAAUUCUAUUCGACCACGCGAGUGUUUGUAAGGACGCUAAAGUUUUUUUUUGUGCAGCUAACACAUUAAUCUGUUGAAACAGAAAGUUGAUUCAUUUUUUUUGAAAGAUUAUUAAUAAACAAUGGUGAAAGAGACGACUUUUUACGAUGUACUUGGUGUAAAGCCAGGAUGUACACAGGAGGAUCUUAAGAAAGCUUACAGAAAAUUGGCAUUGAAAUAUCAUCCUGACAAAAAUCCAAAUGAGGGCGAUAAGUUUAAGCAAAUUUCACAAGCCUAUGAAGUACUCUCAAAUCCGGAGAAAAAGCGUAUUUACGAUCAAGGUGGUGAGCAGGCAUUGAAGGAAGGUGGUGGUGGUUCUGGAUCGUCACCCAUGGAUAUAUUUGAAAUGUUCUUUGGCGGCGGUAGAAGAAGAGGUCGUAGAGAACGCAAGGGACAAAAUGUUAUGCAUCAACUUUCCGUUUCUCUUGAGGAAUUAUAUAAAGGAACUGUGCGAAAACUUGCUUUACAAAAGAAUGUCAUCUGUGAUAAAUGUGAAGGUGUUGGCGGUAAAAAAGGAGCUGUAGAACAAUGUACCAAUUGCGGUGGAUCUGGUAUGACUGUACAAGUUGAACAAUUAGGACCAGGAAUGAUUCAACGUUUUCAACAUAUGUGCCAGGAAUGUAAGGGACAAGGUGAGCGUAUCAAUCCAAAAGAUCGAUGUAAACAAUGCAAUGGUCGAAAGACAGUGAGAGAUCGCAAAAUUCUUGAAGUUCAUGUUGACAAGGGCAUGGUUGAUGGUCAGAAAAUUGUUUUUGGAGGUGAAGGUGAUCAAGAACCAGAACUUGAACCCGGUGACAUUAUCAUUAUUCUUGAUGAAAAGGAACAUGAAGUAUUUAAACGCAGCGGAAAUGAUUUGAUAAUGUGUAUGCAGAUAGAAUUAGUUGAAGCUUUGUGUGGAUCGCAGAAAGUAAUUAGGACUCUAGAUGGAAGAGACUUGCUGGUAACAAUGCUGCCUGGCCAAAUAAUAAAACAUGGUGAUUUGAAGUGUAUUUUAAAUGAAGGAAUGCCAUUAUACAAAGAUCCAUUUACAAAAGGACGUCUCAUCAUUCAAUUUGUUGUUAAUUUUCCAAAAUCAAUUGAUCCAAGUGUUAUUGCAACAUUGGAACAAUGUUUACCGCCAAGAGAACAAGUGAUGAUUCCUGAUGAUGCUGAGGAAUGUAUUCUCACUGAUUUAGAUCCUGAACAGGAAUCAAGGCGAAGAGAUACACGCGCAGCAUAUGAAGAGGAUGAGGGUGGUCCUUCACGAGUACAGUGCGCUACGCAGUAAUUUCGUUUUUUAUUUUUUUUUUUUUUCAAAAAUUGUCGAACAUCGCUAACAAAGCGAAUGCUGCUCGUGUCUAAAUCCAUUCUUUUUGUUUGCUCGCCUUAAGAAAGAAAAAAAAAAAAAAAAAAAGAUCUGCUCUCGCAUAAUUCAGUAUCAAAAUGAGAAUUUUCUUAUAUUCUUUUCAUUAAAAAUAUACUAUGACAGAAUUGAGUGAACACUAGGACUGAAUUUUGAGGUUUAGGAAUAAAGUAGAAACGAUAGAACAAUUUUGUUUUGUUGUUGUUUUUUUCGGGGGGGCGAUAGGAGCAAAAGGGAUAGGGGGAAGGUGAUUAAUAUUGUGUGAAAAAAUAUAAAAUAUCAAAUUUUUUUCAAAAGAAAUGUACUUGAGAUUUUUGAUAAUUUGACAUAUUCCUGAGGAACAUUUCAAUGUAAUGAUCAACCGGAUUGAUUUAUUUUCACAAGAAAAAAAAACAAAAAAAAAAAAUCAUUGACUGGCGAUAUUUUUAAACUUUUACACAAUUAUGGUUAUCUUUAUGAAUAACAUUACUGGGGGAAAGUUGUAUAAAAUUUUAAUGCCGUGACGUCAUAUUGUUGAUGUCCCUUAGAUAAUUUUUGGAAGCUCUGCGCUUUUUUUGUGUGUUUACUUUUUUUUUUAUGUGAGAAUUGUUUUUUUUUUUUUUUUUUAAACUUGUCGUUCUACUCUAUUCUUCAAUAUUCGGAUGACACUAUUUUUACAGGUGUAAACUGAAUGAUUCCAAAAACUUUUUGAAUAAUAUGAAAAAUAAAAGUAUGGAAACCGAUGUUUGACCAAUGAACGAGAAAUACGUAAAUUUAAAAACAAAAAAAAAAUGUAAUUUUCGAAUUAAAAAUUCUAGGCGUCACGUAAUUUAGUUAGUAUAUAUAAUAUAAAAAAAAAAAUUGACGGAGGAUGAAUGGCUCUGUCCUAGGUUUCAAACUGACAAGAAUACAUCUUGUAAUCUUGUGCACAUUGUAUCGAUUUCAGACAAAAUAACUUAAUUUCUCUUGAUAUUAAAAAAAGAAAAAAAAAAAAAAAAGAUUGCUUUUAAAAAGGGCACCUUAAUUUUCCGACGUAAAUGCAAUAUUUAUGUAUUAGAUUGCAAGGAGGAACUAAUUGAUUUAGAUCCUAGUUAUUAAUUAACUUUUAAUAUUUAGCAAUCAAGUUGUAUUGGCAUUGAGUAUAAGUAAAUUUCUAGCAAGUAAGUGGUUGUGAAUUUGAAAAAAAGCUUUACUUUUUGCUUUAUGUUAGAAACUUAGGUGUCUUAAAAGCUAACUCGACUUUCAUCAGACAACAAAUUCUUCUCAUCUUAAUUUUGCAAUUCAAUUUUAAUACUAUUUCAAAAAAUAGAGAAGUAAAACUUCAGAAAAAAAAAUUAAAUACUUGGCUAAUGAGUUAUACUCCAAUUAGUUGUAAAUUCAAAUAGUUUUCUUUGUGUACUUCAAUCAAUUCCAUUUCUCAUAUUUUACAUUAUAAUUUAUUACUGGAAAAUUAUAAUUGAUUCCUCUUGUAAAACACAUCAAAUAAAAUGAAAACUCAACCCUA